CGCUGGGAAGCGCCGGGUGCCCGCGAUGGGGAGCGGGACCGAGCCCCGGCCCCGAGGGACGGCCGAGCCCGCCGGACCCCCGGCCACCAGCUGUUAGAAGCACUUGGAUGAGUGGAAUUCCGGGUAUUUGGUCCGUGAUCUUAGCCUGAGGCAGAGGAAAUAAUAAGAAAUUUCUGUGGUUCAGUUAAAGGAUCUGACAUACUGAAUUCUGCUUUGAAAACCGGGGAAGCUUCUUCUGUGCAGAACUGACCCACAUCUGAGAGCUGUCUUGAAUAAAAAUUGAGGCAAAAUGUCUGUCAUUGACCCUUAUCAGCACAUUGUGGUGGAGCACCAGUACUCACACAUAUUCACUGUGACAGUAAGGAAAGCCACAAAUGUGACCAAAGGAGCCCUUGGUGACAUGCUUGACACUCCAGAUCCCUACGUGGAGCUGUUCAUCCCGUCUGCUCCAGACUGCAGGAAGAGAACCAAACAUUUCAAUAAUGAUGUGAAUCCCGUGUGGAACGAGACCUUUGAGUUCAUCUUGGACCCCAACCAAGAGAAUGUUCUUGAGGUUACUUUGAUGGAUGCCAACUACGUUAUGGAUGAGACUCUUGGCACAUCCACCUUUCCUAUAUCUUCUCUGAAACUGGGUGAGAAGAAGGAGAUCCAGUUGACUUUCAAUGAUGUUACAGAAAUGACUUUGGAAUUGUCUCUUGAAGUAUGCUCCUCGACCGACCUGCGGUUCAGCAUGGCCCUGUGCGAUGAGGAGAAGCGGUUCCGGCAGCAGCGCAAGGACAACAUCAUGCGCAGCAUGAGGGAGUUUCUGGGAGAGGAGCACAGCAAGAACCUGGCCUCUGCCAGGGAUGUGCCAGUGAUAGCAAUCCUGGGGUCAGGAGGUGGAUUUCGUGCCAUGGUGGGGUUUGCUGGAGUCAUGAAAGCACUUUAUGAAUCUGGAAUUCUAGACUGUGCGACUUACAUUGCUGGUCUCUCAGGAUCCACGUGGUACAUGUCAACUUUGUAUUCACACCCAGAUUUUCCAGAAAAAGGACCCAAAGAGAUUAAUGAAGAGUUGAUGAACUCUGUGAGUCACAACCCACUUCUGCUGCUCACUCCUCAGAAAGUCAAACGCUACAUUGAAGCACUGUGGAACAAGAAAAGCUCAGGCCAGCCUGUCACCUUCACAGAUAUCUUUGGAAUGCUAAUAGGUGAAACACUUAUCCAUAAUAGAAUGGACACUACUCUGAGCAACAUGAAAGAGAAAAUCAAUGAUGCACAGUGUGCUCUCCCGCUCUUCACGUGUCUCCACGUCAAACCAGACGUCUCGGAGCUGAUGUUUGCAGACUGGGUGGAGUUCAGUCCAUAUGAGAUUGGCAUGGCCAAGUAUGGUACUUUUAUGUCUCCAGAUUUGUUUGGAAGCAAAUUUUUUAUGGGCACAGUGGUGAAGAAGUAUAAUGAAAAUCCCUUGCAUUUCCUGAUGGGUGUCUGGGGCAGUGCAUUUUCUAUAUUGUUUAACAGAGUGCUUGGUGUCUCCAAUUCUCAAAACAAAGGUCCCACCAUGGAAGAAGAAUUAGAAAAUAUUAGGCUAAAGCACCUUGUAAGCAAUGACAGUUCAGACAGUGAAGAUGAAUCCCAGCAUCCAAAAGGCACUGAAAACGCUGAGGCAAGCCAGGAGUACCAGAGCAGCAGCCAGGAGAGCUGGGUGCAGCGCAUGCUGAUGGCUCUGGUGGGUGACAGUGCCCUUUUCAACACCCGGGAGGGCCGUGCUGGCAAAGUACACAACUUCAUGCUGGGCCUGAACCUCAAUACCUGCUACCCGCUCUCUCCUCUGGCAAACCUGCUCACCCAGGAGUCUGUGGAGGAGGACGAGCUCGAUGCAGCCGUGGCAGAUCCUGAUGAGUUUGAGAGGAUCUAUGAGCCACUAGAUGUGAAGAGCAAGAAGAUUCACAUUGUGGACAGUGGGCUUACCUUCAACCUGCCCUACCCACUCAUCUUGAGACCUCAAAGGGGCGUCGAUCUCAUCAUCUCUUUUGAUUUCUCAGCUCGGCCAAGUGAUUCCAGUCCUCCUUUCAAGGAAAUCUUGCUGGCAGAAAAAUGGGCCAAAAUGAACAAGCUUCCUUUCCCAAAAAUAGACCCGAACGUGUUUGACCGAGAGGGCAUGAAGGAGUGCUAUGUCUUCAAACCCAAGGAUACCUCUUCGGAGAAGGACUGUCCAACUAUAAUCCAUUUUGUUUUGGCCAACAUCAACUUCCGGAAGUACAAAGCUCCAGGAGUCCCAAGAGAAACACAGGAAGAGAAGGAUUUUGCAGACUUUGACAUUUUUGAUGAUCCAGAUACUCCAUUCUCUACCUUCAACUUCCAGUAUCCCAAUGAGGCUUUCAAGAGGCUUCACGACCUAAUGGAGUUCAACACCCUCAAUAACAUUGAUGUGAUCAAGCAGGCUAUGAUGGAAAGCAUUGAGUACAGGAAGGAGAACCCCUCUCGCUGCUCCGUGUCUCUUAGCAGUGUUGAAGCAAGGAGGUUCUUCAAUAAGAACAAUCUGAACAACAACCCUACGUAGAGGAUGUGUCCUGGGUCCCACUCCUUCAAGAGCCUGGUUCUGCCUUUAUAACUGGAGUCAAAAAGGCAUUGUCAGAGCAUCCCUGCUCUGGGCUGGGCAAAGCUCGUUUUCUUGUGGAUUUUCAAGUUUCAAUACAGAUUUUUUUAAUUUUUCAAACUAAGCCCAAAAACAUUUCAGUAUGCUGAUACAUUUCUUUUUAAAAACAUGGAAUGAGUUCUGCUGUGGUCACUGGCUUCUCAGUGGUUGGUUUUUACUUUAAAAAGUGUCAACACUGGCUUCUCAUAGUGGAGCAGUUUUCCACUUCACUACUUAAUACUGCAUUUAAGAAUCCUCUCAGCAAAGAGUCCAACCUCUCCUAUUUCCUUUUUCUGUUUUGUUCCACAAAACUACAUUGCUUGGGUCCUUGAGCUUGUAUGUUGAGUUGCUGUUCGUGCCUGUACUUCUGACCAAAAGGUUUCUGGAGAGGUGAAAAGGGAUUUUUAGCCUUUGAUCAUAAAGAGAAGUAUCCCAUUUCUGCAGAGGGACAGUGGCAGUGUGUGCCAGGGAGAGCUGCAGUGUUCCCAGGUAAGAAUUUGAAGUAGCUCCUGUGCUUAGGGCUACUUUGAAAUGCAUAUUUUUUAGUACAUUGAGUAAGAAAAGACCAUGCAUAGACAUAGAUUAAUUUAGUACCAUCUCACAUGUCUUGGGGUCUCUUGGCUGGAUUGUUUCCUUUUUUUGAGGUGGGUAGGAUCAGCUCUCAGCAAUGCACUGGGGGGACCCAGCUGAAAGGACCUUAGCUCCUUUCUUCUGGAGUUUGAAGAACGAGGCAGGAGCUGAGUAGUUUUACAGUCAUAGGAUCAUAGCAUACCUUGGGUUGGAAGGGACCUCAAAGACCAUCUGGUUCCAGCUGCUCAUUGAUCAGAGCUUAUUGCUAAUUCAGUGGCUGUUCCUUUUAUUGGGAAUUAUUGAGCUGUUUGUAAUUGCUAAAAUCUGUAAGCCCACGGGAAGAGGAGGAAUGAAAAUGCAUUUCUUUUACCAGCCACUGCCUCAUGCCUCCUUACAUCUCCUGUAUUGAUUAAUAGCUUUUCUUUCUGUUUGAGUUAGUGCAUGUUUAACAUGAAGAGGGAAGAUAAAAGUAACUUAUCUUAGUGCUUUAUAAUUUAAACAUUUUCAAUAAAUUUCAAUAUACAGGAAGAAACUGGUACUGUUAUUUUACUGUAAUAUUUUCUUUCUAAUAUUUUGGGGUUUUUUCCUUUGGUUAACAUAAUGUUUGUAUUUUUUAUUUUUUAAUAUGUACCUGCUCUGUUUCAUGGAAGUGUUUUAUCAUACUUUAUACAGUUUCUAUUAUCACAGUGUUACCAGACAGCAAAAAAAUAAAACAUAACUGUAUUUGGCCUUGA